GUCUCGAAGGGGAUGAAUCGAUGCGAAUGACAGUUUUGCAAUCUUUGCGGCAUUUUAUCGCUAUCUUAUCGCAUCGCAAUCUUUUCUAGCCGACAGUGAAAAUCACUAUAAUAGGAAAAAACAUCUAUGUUAGAAAGCCAUGUUCGUGAAACCAUUCAAAAUAAAAAGUAAUAUUUUAUUAACUGGCUCCGAACGAAAACGCCUGAAACAACGUACUCAAACUCAGUUUGGAGUUUCAGAGUCCGCUCCGUUUGUCGAACUAUUUGGUAACAAGUGUAAAGUGUGUGUUGUGAAAAUUGUUACUUACAACGAGACUUUGGUUACCGUCUAUACCAGCGAUAAGCGUCCAAUAUUUUUCGAAUUGGACGAAAAGCUUCUUCCUACGGUUUACACUUUAUGGUGCUGUGUCGAACUUGUUCCGUACUUUACAACUCAUGCAGCAGUUCUUCCUAAGUUGGCCAACGGAGCAGAUCUUAUGAUCCCUGGUGUUGUUCGAAAUGGGAGUGAUUUGAAAUCUUGGGGAAACUUUCGUAAGGAUGAUGUGGUUGCUGUUAAUUUGACGUCUAAUCGUUCGGCAGUGGCAGUGGGACUACUGGCUCAUGGGAGUGAUGACCUGUACAUGUGCGGUGGUCAUGGAGUUUGUGUUCGAGUGCUACACGUUUUUGGUGAUAAGCUCUGGGGAAUGGAACCCUCAGUCUGUCAACAAAUACCUUUGCAGGGAGGAACACAAGUUGUUCCGAAAGCAGAAGAUUUUCCUCCUCUAACAUCACCGUUUGAAACAGAUAAGCAGCAGCAAGUAAUUUUGGUUACAAAACAAAUGAGAGAGGCGAAUAUUAAUGACGAUGAAGACCAAACUGAGGAAAAGAAUUUGGAUCCAAGUCAUGAAAAAAAUUGUUUACCGGACUCAGAUAAACUUAUUAAAGCAGCUUUUCUAAACGCACUCAAGCUUCAUGGGAAAAAAAUUCAGUUGCCUAUACUGACCAGCAAUUUUUAUCCGCAAUACGUUCAACCGGAGCUUCCUGAAGGUAUAGAAAUGAAACGCAGCUCUUUCAAAAAAGUAGGAACGUUCCUAAAACAAAUGGCAGAAAAUGGUUUGAUUCAAAUAAAAGAGGAGAAAAAAGGCGUGGAAAAAAUUGUAUCACUCAGCUUAGAUCAUCCAGAACUUGUGUCAUUCUAUCCCUACAAAAUAAAAAGAAUCGAUGAGCUUGAUGUGGGUUCUACCGAUCACUCCGCAGCUACUCCGUUGCUCCUAACAAAAAUGGUGCAAAUGUAUGCCGUAAACACUACGACAGAAAAACUCUUUACAUGUCUUGGGCUAUCGAAGGGACGAGCUUUGAACGAAACACAAGUACGAAACUAUGUCAAGGACUACGUCGGUAGAUAUAAACUCAUAGAUCAACCUAGCAAAAUAGUGACUUUAGACGAAAUGUUGCAGCAAAUAUGCGAAACAGAAUCAACGCAACUAUCCCUAUCUGAUCUUACGAAUCAGAUUCUUCAACAAAUGAGCAAUACAUUUGAAAUGCACAGUCAAAAAGGACCAGUGAAUAAAGGAGGUAGACGAUCAAUUAUCCAUCUGACGACUGCAACACGUUCGGGCAACAGAAAAGUAACAUUGAUUAGUAAUCUUGCGGAUUAUGGUGUUAAUAUAUCAGAGUUUGCCAAAGCUGUCAAAUUGGGCGCGGCUGCUAGUACCAGCAUGACGGAAGUGCCCGGCACUAAAGGUGAACAGCUUCUUGUUCAGGGAAAUCAUGUCAAAUUUGUUUACGAUCUGCUAACGGGAACAUAUCAGAUACCGAAGGCUUGCAUCACUGGUUUGGAGUUUGCAAAAGAUUCGAAAAAGAAGAAAAAGUAAGAUUAUCUGCAGUGUUCGAGAAUAAAAUUAUGUGAUGCGAUAUACAAGGUUAUGGAAACAUCUAGAUG